UAUAUUGUAUAUAUAUAUAUAUAUUGAUACAAGCGCGCUUAAUUGUUUCAAUUCAAUACUCUUUUUUCUCUGCAAUAUCAUUCUCUCUCAUGGAUUCCUUCUCCUCUGCCUUCCUCUUUCUCUUCUACUCCUGCUUUCUCCUCACCUCUGCAGGAUACUCAGUCGUCCAAGCGUCACCUCUCCACCACCACCAUCACCAGCGGCGGGAAGAGCACGAGGCAUACGAUCAUGGUUUCAGGCGACGACCCACAAAGCUGUUUGUGUUUGGAGACUCAUAUGCUGAUACAGGCAACAUCAGGAAAUCUCUAGGGAACUCAUGGAAAGAUCCGUACGGGACCACCUUCCCCGGAAAGCCCGCCGGCCGAUUCUCCGACGGCCGCAUCCUCACUGAUUACCUUGCCAAGUUCUUGGGAGUGAAGUCACCAUUGGCGUACGCAUGGAUGAAAUUGGGAGGGAAGAAGUUGAGAAAUGGGCUGAACUUUGCAUAUGGAGGGAGCGGUGUGUUCAACACUUUGGGCGAUUUGUUGCCCAACGUCACCACUCAAAUCGACUUCUUCGAGAAACUCAUCAAUGACGCUCUCUACACCAAACGGGAUCUGCAGUCGUCCGUCGUUCUUGUUUGUCUUGCCGGCAACGACUAUGCUGCUUAUGUACUCAAAGAUGGCUCCAUCGAGGGUCUGCAAAGGUUCAUCCCUCAAGUGAUCAACCAGCUCACCCUCGACUUAAAACGAAUCAAAGCACUCGGAGCAACCAAAGUUGCUGUUACAUCCUUGGAGCCAUUGGGGUGCCUCCCUCGGAUGACACAAAUGUCUGGCUUCCAACAAUGCAACAUCACGCAGAACUUAGCUGUUGGUUACCACAACUUCCUACUGCAGCAAGCAGUCGACAAAUUGAACAACGAGACCAGAACCUCCACAUUCUUCAUUCUUGAUCUCUACACCUCCUUCACAUCUGUGCUCGAGCAAAAAGGAGACUCUCAAGGGAUUUUGAAGUUUGAGACUCCAUUGAAGCCAUGUUGCAUGGGGAUAAGUACCGGGUACUGGUGUGGCAGCCUGGACGACAAAGGUGCAAAAAUGUAUACGGUCUGCAGUGAUCCAAAGUCGGCGUUUUUCUGGGACGCAUCGCAUCCAACCGAGGCUGGAUGGCAUGCUGUCUACACGAACUUGAAGUCGAGUCUUGAACAGAACUUGAAACUUUACUAAGAGUGUUGUUGUCUUUGUACUAGAUAAUGCUUAGUGUUUCUUUCUUGCUUCUCUUCAUGUCCUAAAUGUGACAACUUCAACUUGUUUAUUUAUUAUUUGUUUUGGUAGUAUUGAGUUAA